AGUGAAGAGAGCUGGAGGUAAGAAGCCCCUUGUCUAACUCUGCUUCCCCAGACUCCCAGAAAUCCCAGUUCGGAGAAUCAGGACAGCCUCUAGCACUCUUGUCUCUUGGAACCAUGAACUGGCAGCAGCUGUGGCUGGGCCUCUUACUCCCAAUAACAGUCUCAGGCCGGGCCCUGGGGCCUGCAGAGGAGAAGGCAGCUGUGGAUUAUCUAUUGCAAUAUGGGUACUUACAGAAACCUCUAGAAGUACCUGAUGACUUCAGCCCAGAAGAUAUCAUGGAGGCUCUGAGAGCUUUUCAGGAAGCAUCUGAGCUGCCAGUCUCUGGUCAGCUGGAUGAGGCCACAAAGGCUCGAAUGAGGCAGCCUCGCUGUGGUUUGGAGGAUCCCUUCAACCAGAAGACUCUUAAAUACCUGCUUUUGGGCCGUUGGAGAAAGAAGCACCUGACCUUUCGCAUCCUGAACCUGCCUUCUUCCAUCUCAUCCUAUAAAGCCCGUGCAGCCCUGCUUCAAGCUUUUAGGUACUGGAGUAAUGUGGCUCCUUUGACCUUCCGGGAAGUACAAGCUGGCUGGGCUGAUAUUCGACUGUCUUUCCAUGGCCGUCAAAGUCCAACCUGCUCCAAUACUUUCGAUGGGCCUGGGAAGGUUCUGGCCCAUGCUGACAUCCCAGAGCUUGGCAGUGUACACUUUGAUGAAGAUGAAUUCUGGACUGAGGGGACCUAUCGGGGGGUGAACCUGCGUAUCAUUGCAGCCCAUGAACUAGGCCAUGCCCUGGGACUUGGGCACUCUCGAUACACGCAGGCUCUCAUGGCUCCUGUCUAUGCUGGCUACAGGCCCUACUUCAAGCUGCACCCAGAUGAUGUGGCUGGGAUCCAAGCCCUGUAUGGCAAGAAGACCCCAGAGACAGAGGAUGAAGAAGAAGAGAUGGAGGUGCCUAUUGUAUCCCCAGUGCCUAUAGAACCUGGUCCCAUGCCAAACCCCUGCAGCAGUGAACUGGAUGCCAUGAUGCUGGGACCCCAUGGGAAGACAUAUGCUUUCAAGGGGGACUACGUGUGGACUGUGACAAAUACCGGGUUGGGUCCCUUGUUCCGAAUAUCUGCCCUUUGGGAAGGUCUCCCAGGAAACCUGGAUGCUGCUGUAUACUCUCCUCGAACUCAAUGGAUUCACUUCUUUAAGGGAAACAAGGUGUGGCGCUACAUUAACUUCAGGAUGGCUCCUGGCUUCCCCAAGAAACUGAACAGGGUAGAACCCAACCUGGAUGCAGCUCUCUAUUGGCCUCUGAACCAAAAGGUGUUCCUCUUUAAGGGCUCAGGGUACUGGCAGUGGGAUGAGCUGGCACAAACUGACUUCAGCCGCUACCCCAAACCAAUCAAGGAGUUGUUUACUGGAGUGCCAGACCAGCCCUCUGCUGCUAUGAGCUGGCGGGAUGGUCGAGUCUACUUCUUCAAGGGCAAAGAGUACUGGCGCCUCAAUCGGCAGCUUCGAGUGGAGAAAGGCUACCCCCAAAAUAUCGCCCGCAACUGGAUGCAUUGUCGUCCCCAGACUCCAGUCACUAACCCAUCAUUUGGGGCCACCACUUCUUCAACCACAGACACAACCUUGGAGAGCACUCCUUCAGCCAUGGCCCCUACUUUGAACCAAGAGCACUCACCCACAGACUCAAUCGUGGACACGAUCCUUUCAGCUACAGACUCUACCAGCCUUUCAUUCCCUGCUAAUGUCACCCGUCAAGAGACCUAAGGCCUAAUCAAAUGUCUCUUCAUGAGAAACACGCAGGUGUUACAGAACAAGCAUGAACCAUGGACCUCAUGCCUUUGGCUACCAUUUUUCCAGGCUCUUUCCCUCCUGGGAGGUGCCCCCUUACUUCUAAUUAAGUCCUCAACUCCAUCCAUUUCCUCCUCAUCGCAAAUAGCACUUCCAAUUGUCAUCUGUGGAAGGACAAUGGUGAGGGGGAGUGGCAAUGAAACUCUUAGCUUACUGAGGACAACAGCUGGGAGGCUGUCUAUCUGAGUCAUGUUCUCCCUGGGUAAAAUUAAUGGCUAGUAAAAAUAAGCAAGGGCUUUGGAAUCCUCGAGAAUCAAUCACAUUUACUUGCUUGUGACUUUGGGCAAUCUAAUUAUCCUUGUUGAACCUUGGAAUUCCCCAUUUGCAAAAUAAGGUUAAUUUCAAUCCUGUAGGAUUGUUACAUUAAAUGAGAUAUUUAUGUAUGAAGUGCCAAGCAGUUUGGCAUAUUUAAUAAAGGCUAACCUUGUGGG